UCCAAAUUGGGGCAACUUUUCAAGUCACUCCAAGCAAGCUAUUGUGAUUACUAUUGUGUUAUUUUUAGAAAGAAUAAGAUAGCACUGAGUGCAAAGGAAAUGAGAUGAAAUGAGGGGAGGGCGAUGGGGUGUAGAGAUGUAAACGAUAAACAGAGAGGGGAAGGGGCAGUGUCACGGCGAGGAUUAAAGUGGUUGAAGACGAAGCAAAGGACGAGCGGCUCAUCGUCAAGUCCAGUUCAACAUCCGACCGUGUUUGGUGCACAUUGCUCCUCCGGUGAAGAAGCAGAAGCUGUGAGACAGAAAAUACAAGAUUACAGGACAUCUGAGCAUAAAAAGAGCUGCUGUCUUUAACACAGAGGAGGGAGAAGUGCCUUUUUGUCAAGUUACCAACUUUUGAUAUUGGUGACUGAACAGUCCUGACCAUGAGAAGUGUGCGUGCGUGCUUCUGUUUGGCUCUGCUGCUUCCUUUGUGUGUUCAGAGCCGGAGGAGCAGUCUGGCUGUUGCCAAACUCGAUGAAGACACAGAGAGGGACAUGCUGGCUGUCGACAUCUUAAACCGCAACGGUGCGUUGAGCUCACUGCUCCGAUCACAGCAUCAUCUCGUGCUCAGGCGAGCCCCGCGCCCUGCCUCCCAGGUGCCAAAGAGAGCCCAGCAGGCGUCCCGUUUUGCUCUGUCCCUUGAUGUUCCCACCAGCAUCCUCAGUGUACUCAUAGACCUGGCCAAGAAUCAGGACAUGAGGACCAAGGCAGCAGCCAAUGCAGAGCUGAUGGCACGAAUAGGCAAGAGGAAAUGAAAGCCCCCCCGGAGAAGUUUGAAGGCUUGAUGGAGGAAAUCUCACUUCACAACAGAGCUAACACAUUGCGGCACUGACACCUGGUUAGAAACAAUGUUAGUUCAUGUGAAAGUAGUCAUUGCGGUCAGUAUCUGUCCUUUAGAGCUUAGAUCUGCUUUACUUUUAUACUUAUAUUUAAUCCAUUCACAUUCCACACA